AUGCUAUCCACCCGCUUCGCCGUCAUGGACGACUUCCCGCAAGACUUCUGGACUUACCACAUGUACACAGACUCCUGGAUAGAGGUUGCCUCUCAGCCCUCGUCCUCGUCUCUCUCCUCGGCCGCCUCGGUCAGCGAUGAGGUCAUCACCGACGGCCUGCGCGUCCAGCACGACUCCAACUCCCGCCGCCGCCGCCCGCAGCGCGCCUCCCGUCUGCGCCUGGACCUAGGCUACCGCCGCUCGGCAAGCGCAGGCACAAGCAGUCAGGAGGAGUACGACGAGAGCGAAAGCGAGUCAGACCGCGUCCUCUCGUCGUCGAACGAGGCUCUGCCGCAGUUGCCUCGCUCGGGACGAAUGCAGUAUUCCUCCUCAGACAACCAGUCGGACGUGGAAGACGACGAUGAGGAUGAGAACUCGACCGCCGUUGGCUACAUCAGGAAUGAGAACCAGGACUUCACCCCCCAGCCCAACGCCUUCUCGCACCCGCCUUCAGCCCCGCUCAGCCGCCCGUCGAACCAACAAACCUCCUACUUCCAGUCGCGCCCCUCAGCAAGAAACCCCUCACAACAACGACACUCGUACCCCUCGCAACAGGCGGCCCACUCGCCCUACAACAUGAUCUCGCCCAACCACCAAGCCGACCACGACGCUGCCCUCCGCGCCAGUCUGUCCACGCUUCUCUCCUGCGCCGCCGCCGCCCGCGGUCUGCCCAAAUCGCAGGCGCAGCCCACCACUACGACAAAUCGCAACGCCCCUGUGCCCUCUUCUAGCCGCGUUGACCCCACCACGCUGCGCAUGGUGCCCGAAUCCGCCCUCCCCUCAUCCUCCCCCUCGCCCCCAGCACAACCUGCCAACGCCAGGACAACCCCCUCUACCCGCACCACAACCGCCACCAACACCCCUUCGAGCAAAACUCCCAACACCACGGAAAAGCACAAACGCCGCUCCAGCCGCGAGCGCCGCGGUUUAACCAAAAAGGCCAAGCGCGCUAUCGGCCCCCACACCGCCUCGACGUCUCUCGACGACAGCACAGCUGGCGCGCUCGGCGGCCCGGCCGUCAGCCCAACGCUGCUGACCUGGGUCGUCAGCGCUGGCGUCGUCGUGCUCGUCUCGGCGCUCAGCUUCUCGGCCGGCUACGUCGUCGGGCGCGACGCGGGCAGGGCCGAGGUCGAGAUGCUGGGCGAGUUCGGCGGCUCGAACGGGAGCAGCGUUGUUGGGAGUUGUGCGAGCGAGGUUGUCGGGUUGCGGGGUGGUGGCGGUGGCGUGGGAGGGGGUACGGGGUUGGGCUUGAGGAGGCUGAGGAUUGCGGAUGCGGUGAGGGUUUCGUGA